UGAAUGGUUGUGUUUAUCCAGUCUGAAAGCCCUCUAGUGGGAAACGGAGCAACUCGCUGUGAGUCACACAAAAGAGUGACGUCGGAAAGCCCAAGGUAUAAACAGCAGGACGGAAAGCUUGUCUGAUGCCAGCUGGUCUCCCGGAGAUCCGAGGAAACGAGAGGGGGGGAUUCGAGGAAAGGAGAAAGGGGGACAUGAAGGAACAAUGGCAGACCACCCUGAGAGUCCUUGGUGCUCUCGUGGGGCCUCUGCCCUCCAGCCCGCUGUGAAUUCUCCCUCGCCCGACCUCCGCCUGCCCUGAGAUGUUCUCCAGAAGGAAGCCCCCUAGCCCCUGCCCUGCCUGCCCCAACGUGAUCACGCCGGACAGGAUCCCCACCUUCUUCAUCCCUCCCAACUUGGCCAGCCUGCAGGGGCAGCGCUCGUGCAGGAGCGACAGCCCCGACGGCCGCAGGAUCCUGACCCGGCCGGCCGAGCAGCACAUCAUCCAGGUGGAGAGCCCAGAGGAGGGGGAGCUCCAGGCCGUGGGGCGCCUCUACAGCACCUCCUCCAUGCCCCACCUCGCCAGCCCCGCGGGCUUGCCCUUCCUGCCCGAGAGCCCCCACACCCGCCGCCGGGAGUCCCUCUUCCAUGGCGGACGCCUGCCGCGCCGGUUGCAGGGGGGCCGGGUCUCCUCCCCGCCGACAAGGCCUCCCCUGCAGCCCGGUUUAAUAUUUGACAGCGACACGGCCUCCUCCACCGAGACAUCCCCUUUCAGCUCUCCCCUGAUGACGCGGCCUCUGAGUUGCCCUCCGUUCUGUCCGGCCUAUGGGCAUCGCCGAAGAUUCGCCUUCUGCUCCACCGACGUUGGCGCUGCCCCGCGGCCCAGCUCCUUGUCCACGGAGGAGACCAGCUCUGCAGACACGAGCCCCAGCUUUCCGCGCCGGGAGACGGAUCCCCCCUGGGGCUCCCCUGCCCCGCUGCCCCUCUUCCCGCUGGACCUGAUCCGUUGCCACGAGCGGCUCACCAAGGAGGUGGUGCUGACAGUGAGCAAAGGCGGGCGGCUGAGGCUCUCCAGCGAGUACCUGCAGCCCCAGGGGCGCCUCCGCGUCCGGCUGGUGUGCGCCGAGGCCUUCUACCCUCCCCACUGUGACCCACGGCACGUCAGCUGCUGCGUCUCCUUGCAGCUGCGGCCCGGGGCAGGCCUGAGGCAGCGCAGCGCCGUCGUCAAGAAGAGCCGCAACCCCAUUUUCAACGAGGACUUCUUCUUCGAGGGCGUCUCCCCGGAGGAGCUGUCCAGGUGCAGCUUGAGGCUCAAGGUGCUCAACAAAGGCUCCGGCCUCCGGAGGGACGUGGUGCUGGGGGAGUGCGACGUCCCACUGGAUUGCCUGCUGCCCUGAAGGGGGCGCCGGUGGGCAGGCAACUCCCCAACAGCAAGUGGAUGCUGUCGGCAGGAAGUCGGUUCAGUUGGCGGGAAGAGGCCUGGGCAAUGCCCCGACAGGAAGUCGAUGCUGUCGGCAGGAAGUGACUGCCAUUGGCAGGAAGAGGCGUGGCUUCUCUUGCUCAGGGUCUUCCAUCUUAACAAAGAGGGUCUUUUUGCCAGCCCGGGUAGACUUUUGUAAGAACACAAGAAGAGCCUGGUUGCUGGAUCAGGCCCAUCCAGUCCGGCACCCUGCUCUCACCAUGGGCUACCCAAGGCUUGCGAUGGGAAUCCCACAAGCCCGCUCUGCCCCCAUUGUGUCGUGGAAGACCUCUGGGCUGCAGCUGGAUGGGUCGUGUUUCAAAUCAAUCUGUGGACGGUGUGAAGAAACAGCUCUUCCUGUGUUUUGAGCCAAAGGGCUGCGUUUGAAAACAACAACAACACCACCACACACACACACACACACACACACACCAAAUAUUUCCAGGGGAAAGUGGGGACUCUCUGGUUACCACAUCCAGGGUCAUGACUGGAUGCCAACAGCAGAGGGAGCUGUCGGGCUACACUUUCUGGCACUGCCACAAACACAGCAGGACAAGAAGGAAGAUCUGCAGUUUUUGAGGUGGCCAAUUGUUGGGGCCAAGAGUGAGGCCCUCUGGGGCUCCUGACACUGGCCUGACUGGUCCCUCAAUAUGAACCACUGGAAUCCUCUCCAAGCUAGAAAUGUGUGUCUCCAAGGUGACACACUCUUGCAUUGUAGGGGGUUGGAUCGAUGACCGUCGCCGUCCCUUCCAACCCUACAGUCUUAUGAUUCUGUGAUUCUCCCAUCGCUCCUUCUAAUGCCAAACUCAGGAGGCAAGGGCCAACAGGAUUGCAGCCAGAGUGAAGCAAGAGGGGAGGUGUCAGAAGGAACUGCAAGGUCUACUUGGUGCGAAACCAAAGGGAAAACACACAUACUGGGGGCAGGGAAUACCCAAGCCGUUCAGCAUUGGGGCAGGCUGUCUCAGGAGGUGAUGGGAUCUCCUUCAUGGGAUAUAUGUGAGCAGAGGGUGGACAGCCAUCGGCCAGGGAUGCUGUGGUCACAAGAUUGUGCCCUGAGCAAAUGAGAGAUUGGGAUAAUGGUCUGCAAAGUCAUCUAGCUCGUUCUAUUAUUCUGCUCCCUGCUUGGAGAGAAUGGCCAGCAGGCACCCAGAACAAACACCUUCCUUUUGGGUUGCCAGAUUCUUACGUCCAUUUCCUCCUCUCAUAAACUAUCGCCAUGCAGGCUACAUGACCCUCGGGGUCCCAUCCAACUCUCUGAUUCUAUGUUUUCCAAGGGUUUGAAAUGCAGUCGGAGCUUGGAAUCCGUUCCAGAAGUCCGUUCCACUUCCAAAACGUUCAGAAACCAAAGUGUGGCUUCGGAUUGGCUGCAGGAAGCUCCUGCAACCAAUCGGAAGCCGCGGAAGCCUUGUUGGACGUCCGGCUUCCGAAAAUAGUUCGCAAACCGGAACAGUCACUUGCGGGUUUGCCGCGUUCGGGAGCCAAAACGUUCGAGAGCUAAGCUGUUUGAAAAGCAAGGUACGGCUGUAUUUCAGAGCACGUGUUGUGUGUUUCCCCAAGGAUUCUCAAACUGCAGCCUGCAAGCUUUCAUUCAGGUGGCCCAUGGUGUGCCUGUGAAAACAACAACAACUGCAAUUAAAAAAACCACACAGCACCUAGCACAACAUGUUCCGGUGGCUACAACAGGCUGAAAAAUCAUUAAGUGGUUCUGCAAACACCCUCGGCAGUUUUCAAGAAGACGUUGGGAGGAGAAGGUUUGGGAAACCGCUGUAGCAGAAUGUGUCUACAUUAAAACAUGACCUAUGCCUGCAGGGCCCCUCUGUGGCCGAUGGGUGACGCAAAG